AUGAAGAUCGUCAUUAUCGGCGCGGGCAUCUCCGGAUGCGCGAUGUAUCUGGAACUGCAGAAGCACCUUCCAAAGCCCGAAGGAUCAGAAAGCCAUGAAAUCGUCAUCUACGAAGCAUAUAAUACAGAAGCGGACACAACAGCAGAGCAACGGCCAGAGGGACCCACGCAUUCAGCCACACUACUAGUCGGAGGCGGCUUGGGAAUUGCGGCGAAUGGCCUGCGUGUCCUCCAACGACUGGAUGAUAGUCUUCUCCGGGAUGUUGUACGCGGAGGCUACGCCGUGUCUUCAUCUAACUUGAAGAGCAAAAACGGAUCGCUUCUCAUGAGCCUCAAGCCUAGUGUGUCCGAUACCGCUGAUUCGCCACCAAUGAAUAUGGUGAUGUCGAGUCGGGAUUCGUUUUGGAGUUGUCUGCGUGCACGGGUUCCUGACGAUCAUAUCAUCAACAAACGGAUCGACAAGGUUGUUGCCCGGCCAGAUGGGAGAAAUCAGAUUUUUUUCGUGGAUACCAGUCCCUCCAUCGAAGCAGAUCUAGUGAUCGGUGCAGAUGGUGUCCGAAGUACUGCAAAACGAGCGCUAUUCGCGGAUGCCAAUGAAGAUCCUUAUCCGCCUCACUAUGAGGGCCUUGUCGGCGUUGGAGGAUUUAUUCCUGCCUCAGAAGUUAAAGAUGUUGUCGAAAAGGGAUCCGUCAAUUUUAUAUUUGGCGGUAAUGGAUUUUUCGGCUACUUCUUCUCAAACAGCGCCGAAGAUUCCCCAAAUCGCGACUCGCCGUACCAUGUUUGUGAGCCAGGAGACCUGCUUUCAUGGUGGUCGACCUAUGAAAUCGAAGAAUGCCCCGAUCACAAGAAUAUCGAUAAAGCGGAUGUGACAAGGCAGCUACAAAAGAGACACGCGCAGUGGAAAGAUCCAGCUAUUCAGAAGAUCCUGGCCUCCCUUGAAGUCGAGAGAAUGUAUCCCACGUGGACCAGUCCUCCCAUCCCAACCUGGGAACAAGAUGGCGUCAUUCUAGUAGGUGAUGCAGCUCACGCUCUGCCUCCGAGCUCGGGCCAGGGCUCGUCGCAGGCGCUUGAGGAUGUGGAGGCUCUCGCACUUAUUCUAGCACAUCACCUGUGCAACGGACUCAAAACCGGGGGUUCAACAUCGUCGGGAGCUUACAAGAUGAUAUCCAAAGCAGCGGCGGGACAGUAUAUGGCUAUUCGUCAGCCACAUGUGAGCAAAAUUCUACAAGCCGCUCAAGAAAACCAAAAUAAGAAACGGGAGAUGGGCAUCAUUCAGGAAUACAUGAUGUAUGGCUUCUUGAAGCUCGUGGGAUUCUUCCCCAGUCUAAUGACAACGAAGUUACGAUCGGUUGUGGAAUACAAUGUGGUAGAUCAUGUGGCUGAGAUUCUGGCGAAAGGAAACUAA